UCCGGUUCAAAGGGUAAAGUUCGCGCACAUUGUUGCGGCGCGGGUAGAUUUUAAUUUGCCAUAGUGAUGAAUGAAAGUUUACUGAAAAACAUCCUUUUUUCAUAACACCUACCCGUUGGACACAUCCGACGAAAUUGUUGUAUUCCUCUGGAACAACAUAUCACUUUGGUUUAAUUUUAUGAUAGAUACCAUAGUCUCCCAUCACCAUGGCUGGGAUUCUAUUUGAGGACAUCUUUGACGUGAAGGAUAUUGAUCCAGAUGGCAAAAAGUUUGACAGAGUGUCACGUCUGCACUGUGAAAGUGAGUCGUUCAAGAUGGACCUCAUAUUGGAUGUGAACAUCCAGAUAUAUCCUGUUGAUCUAGGGGACAAGUUCCGGCUGGUCAUCGCCAGCACGUUAUACGAGGACGGAACGCCGGAUGACGGGGAGUACAACCCCCAGGAUGACCGCCCUUCUAGAGCAGACCAGUUUGACUACGUAAUGUAUGGAAAGGUUUAUAAGAUCGAGGGAGACGAGACCUCCACGGAAGCAGCCACACGCCUCUCGGCCUACGUCUCGUACGGCGGACUCCUGAUGAGGCUCCAGGGAGACGCCAACAACCUCCACGGCUUCGAGGUGGACUCCAGGGUCUACCUGCUCAUGAAGAAACUGGCCUUCUAAGGCAGCCCUGCUGCUGUGGUUUUACCCCGGUCCCCACCGACGCUGAGCCCUCCAGUCCUUUGCGAUGGCCGACGGCUGCCGUGGUGUUGAACUGAACUGUACGCACCCAGACGCCUCAUUCCAACCUCCUCAGAGGGAAGCUCACGCUGUCAUGCUAGCUCAAACUUUAGCCCAGAGGAAACGGGAAGGACGUCAAUUGCUUCAUAUUUUGUUUUUAUUCGGUUACUUAAAUAGUUUUCCAAGGGAUGGAUCGCUUUAGAAAAAAAUGAAUCAAUGGGACAAAAAAAAAUGCAAAUGUCAUCCGCUGUAAAUAAAACAUUUCUUUUUUUUUAUAA